AUGGAUGACUCAGUGGAGGCUUCACUCUCCGAUGUCUCUGCGCAACCCUCGAUCGACUCCCUCGAGGGCGCGGGCUUGCCGCCGCGGCCCUUCAGAGUUGCUUCCGCUGCAUCCUAUGAUAGCCCCCAGAGGCACCGACGACGAAACCCCCGAGCGCGGCGUCCGGUGAAGGAAACGUUGGAUGCCCGCUCCGAAUAUACUACGAGUCAAGAUGAUGGUACGGCAGAGCACCGCAUCAACCAAUACGUGAUAAAGCAGGAAAUCGGGCGAGGAUCGUUUGGGGCUGUUCACCUGGCUGCCGAUCAGUUUGGCAAUGAAUAUGCUGUGAAAGAGUUUUCCAAGUCCCGGUUAAGGAAACGCGCACAAUCUCACCUUUUGCGGCGCCCACGAGGACCUCGACGCCCCGGCACUGGGUUCAAUUCGCCGUUGCACCGCCAUCCUUCUGAGGACGAUAAUGCGAAUGCAAAGAAUCCACUUUACCUGAUCAAGGAGGAAAUUGCAAUCAUGAAGAAACUCAAUCACAACAACUUGGUCUCGCUGAUCGAAGUUUUGGACGAUCCAAGCGAAGAUUCUUUAUAUAUGGUGAUGGAAAUGUGCAAGAAGGGUGUAGUCAUGAAGGUCGGCCUAGAAGAACGAUCUGAUCCAUACGACGACGAGCACUGUCGUUGUUGGUUCCGUGACUUGAUUCUGGGAAUCGAAUAUUUGCAUGCACAAGGCAUCGUCCACCGAGAUAUCAAACCAGACAACUGCCUUGUGACAAGUGAUGACGUGCUCAAAGUGGUCGACUUUGGCGUAUCGGAGAUGUUCGCCAAGGACUCAGACAUGUUCACUGCUAAGUCAGCUGGAUCUCCAGCAUUCCUUCCACCGGAGCUGUGUGUUGUGAAACACGGCGAUGUGUCGGGGACAGCCGCAGAUAUCUGGUCUAUGGGUGUGACCCUCUAUUGCCUUCGAUAUGGCAAGCUUCCAUUUGAACAGCAGAGCAUAUUUGAGCUAUACGAGAGCAUUCGGAGUAGCCCUGUAGUAUGCGAAGAUGAACCAGAUGAGAAUUUUCAAGAUAUGAUGAGUCGCAUUUUGGAAAAGGACCCGGCAAAGCGGAUCAAGAUGUGCGAUCUACGAGAACACCCUUGGGUGACAGCGAAUGGAGUCGAUCCUCUUCUUCCCUUCGAGGAGAAUACUGCUCAAAUUAUCGAGCCGCCAACCGAGGAGGAAAUGAAUCGAGCUAUCACGACCAAUAUGGAACACUUGAUGACAGUGAUGAAAGCCGUGAAGAAUUUCAAGCGAUUGGUAGAUCCAUCCAAAGCAGUUCCAGCCAUGCAAAGUAUCCUAGGUGGCGAAUACGAGGCACACUUUGUCCAGCCACCUAUGGAGAUAGACGAUAGUGAUGAUUUUCCAACGGUGGGACUGGAUCCCAAUGCCCAGGGCGAUCGUGGCCUUGGUGGUAUCCGCAGAGUUCUGGGACGGCAUCCAUUUCAUUCUGCGCGUGAUGAAAUAGCAGGAGCAGUGCCAGAAAGUGCUUCUACAAGCAUCUCUUCUCGGCCAGAGCAUAGCCCAGCUGGCAGUCAGCUCCCAAGUGGUGUCUUUGAUACACCAGAGCGAAAAGACUCUGGCUCAGCGCGAAGUGGAAGGUCAAUAAGGAAAGCAGAGCCCACCAGGCCACACUCCCAGUCUGCAUCCCCUCACAUCCCGCUUUCGCGUGCUAGCUCAGCCACCACGAAACGCAGUCUUGAGGGGACGAGGGGCCAUGCUCGAGAUCCACUGGAGGAAGAGUUCCCAUAUCUUUUCAUCGGUCCGUCGACAUAUACCGGCACGACCCCGCAGGAUACAAGUGAUAUCACCCACAAUGACCCGACUCCUCUCUUCGCGGAACCCGAAAAUACCGAGGACAUAAUGGAUUUGGGUAGAGAGUCGACAGUUUCGGAAGAACCUGUGCCGACCGUUAGCGAAUCCCCCGGUGCUGCAGAAUUCGAUAUUUACGAAACAGCCUAUCGACAGGAGCUCGAGCGUAUCAAGUCCGAUCUCACCCAUCCUGGUGCCGGUCCAAAGGUGUAUCUCACUCGGCGGGUCGAAGGCAAACACGAGGUCAUGAAGUUCGCCAUGGAUAAGGUGCUCGAUCUGCAAACGGGAAGGAAGUAUCACAUUAACCCUUCUGCUUCGAGAUCAUCGUCUGCCUUUGGUGCGGCAGUGAGCUUGCUCCGCAAUCAGAUAGCACAGCAGAAAGAUACAGCAGUCGCUGCCGAAGAUCUGAAACAAGAUGAGGGCCAUAAGGAAGCAUUUGUCGACAAUCAACAGGCUACUUUACCCCACGAACAUCGAGAUUCACAUCCUCCCCCAUCUUCACUUUCCUCACAGUCUAUCCCUGGUCCAGAGGCAUCGCCCCUCGAGGCCAUAGGAGUGCCGGCUACCGACUCACAUCCUAAAGGAGGGGAUUCGACAGCGCAACUUCGCCGUCUACUGGAUCGUGUUGUCCGCGAUAAAUCUGGAGCGUGA